UCCCCAUAUACUCCUACAUCACUCUCCCGCAGCACCUACACACACACGCGCUUCGCCACCAUCCCUCGCCUGCGAGCUGCGGCUUACCAAGCGCCAUCGCCUGGACAGAUCAGGCCACCGUCGACUGCUAGCCGGCGCACCGACGACGAGCGGGCCGUCGUCGACAGCUAUCCGCAGUUCAGAGAUAGCAGGCCAUGGAUCCGGCAACGGGCGCCAUGGCCUCCCUGCUUCCCAAGCUAGUUGAGCUCCUGGACGAGAAGCACCGGCUGCAAGCGAGCAUCAGGGAAGACGUCAGGUAUCUCUACCGAGAGUUGCAGAGGAUGCAGACUAUCCUGACUAUCCUCCUGGUAUCUCAACCGUGGCACCCGUACCAGGGCGCCAGGAAGCUCUGGGCAGAUGACGCCAGGAAGCUGUCCUACGACAUGGAUGUUGUCCUCGACAAGCUGCUGGUGCUCGCCCCCGACUCGCAAGGCUUUAAGGGGCUCAUGGAGAAGAUGAGCAGCUUGCUCAACAAAGGCAAGACUAGCCACCAGAUCAUGACCAGCGCAAUCAGGACCAGCAAGGCUCGAGUCCGAAUGAUGGCCGACAGAUGUCAACGCUACGGGAUUUAUGCUGCUGUUGAUUAUAGCCUUGCAGCCAUGACCAGCGUUGAUCCUCGUCUCAUGGCUCUGUACGCAAGAGUGCCAGAUCUUGUCGGCAUUGAGGGGGAAAAAGAUGAAGAGCUCAUCAAGUUACUGUCACAUGGGGACAACGUGUCCAUCAGAAACCUCAAGAUAGUCUCUAUUGUUGGAUUUGGAGGAUCGGGCAAAACAACUCUCGUCAAAACAGUGUAUGACAAGAUCCAAAAGAGUUUUGACCGCAAAGCAUUUGUUCCAGCUGGUCAGAAUGCUGACGUGAAGAAGGUUUUGGCGGGCAUCAUCGUUGAUCUCACCAGAAAUUACCCCAACAAACUGAACCAAAAACAGCUCAUCGAAAAACUUCAGGAAAUCCUUGAGAACAAGAGGUACCUCAUUGUGAUAGAUGAUAUAUGGAACGAAAAUCUGUGGGAAGAUAUCAAGUAUGCUUUCUCUAACAAGAAUGUUCUUGGCAGCCGAAUAAUCACUACAACCCGCAUAGCGAGUGUAUCUAAAGCAUGUUGCUUGUCCAGUAAUGAUUCAAUUUAUCAAAUGGAACCUCUAUCUGAUGAUGACUCCAAAAAACUAUUGUAUGGGAGAAUACUUGGUUCUGUGAAUAGUUCUCACGAAAUCAAACAAUUAUAUAGUGAUAUCUUGAAGAAAUGCGGCGGGGUACCUUCAGCCAUCAUUGCUAUGGCUUCUGUUUUGGGUGGUGGUCCGUGGAUAGACCCAAAGGUUGAAUGGCAGGCAUUGCUCAAGCCUAAUGGCCGUGGACUUGAAAAAGAUAUGAGAUGGAAGAAUAUGCAGAUGAUACUUUCCUUUAGCUACUAUGAUCUUCCUCCGCAUUUGAAGACUUGCUUAUUGUACUUUAGCACAUUCCCUGUGACUCACCCGAUCGAAAAAGAUCGUUUGGUGAAAAAAUUGAUAGCGGAAGGGAUUGUUACUCAGGAGACUAAGUUGAUUGGAUCAUCGAAUAGAAAAGAGGCUAAGCUGAGUCAGGAGCUUAGUCUAGAAGAAGCAGCAAGCCAGUACUUGGAUGAGCUCAUCAAUAGGAAUGUUAUUCAGCCCCUGGAAUGCAACAACAAUGGUGAGAUAAUAAGCUACCAUAUCCACCCUAUGAUGCAUGACGUCCUUAAAGCCAUAGCCGUAGGAGAGAGGUUUGCUGCUUCGCUUGAUGGCAAAGAUAUUUCAAGGGCACAUCGUGUGAGCUUCCGUCACCUCUCUAUUGACUGUCCAGAUUCAGAAAAUCUAAUUGAUCUAUCAAGUAUGGCCUUUGUUGGUGUGGUUCACUCCUUAACUGUAUUUGGUCAUGCAAACCAAUUUCUGCUUAGGCACUUCGAAGGCAUUCGAGUUUUGGAUUUAGAAGGCUGCAAGAGUAUAGAGAGAGCUGAUCUGGAGUACAUAUGCAGCAUGGUCAAGUUGAAGUGGUUGUGCCUUGCAAAGACACAAAUCACAGAGCUCCCACCACAAAUUGGCAAACUACGGAAUCUGAAGGGGCUUGAUGUAGGAGGGACUCAACUCACUGAGCUCCCAACACAAAUAGGUAACUUACAAUAUCUGGAGAGACUAGAUGUAAGAGGGACUCAAAUCACCCAGCUCCCACCACAAAUUGGUGAGCUACAGCAUCUGAAGACCCUAGAUGCAAGGAAGUCACGAGUUAAGGAAUUACCUGAUCAAGUUGUCUGGCUCACAGGACUGGUCCACCUGCUUAUUGGUGACAAUGAAUCCAAUGAAGGAGUGAAGUUACCUGUUGGAAUAGGGAAGAUGACAUCACUGCAGCAGCUCUGCACCAUUGAUUUGAGGAAAUGUUCAUCAUCCACUCUGAAGGAGCUUGUUGAGCUCCCGUGUCUCAAAGAGAUUGCUGUAGUGUUAAGUGAUGAGCCGGAAGACACAAGAAUGAACGAUGCGCUGUUGUCUUCCCUUGACAAGUCAACCGAGCUGAGAUCCCUGAUGGUGUGUAGUGAUUUCAGAUUGAACACACUACAGUCAUCAUCAACGUACAAAUAUCUCAUCUGCCGGAAGAAACUUACUGUGGUAAGAAGAUCGUUGAAGGUUCCGAUUGUUAUUGCAGGGCAUCAGUUUAUCGGUAUGCUGGAUAUCAGGGUCUGCAAGCUAGAGGAGGAUGAUCUCAAGAUACUCCGAGAGCUGCCUAGAUUGCAAAGCCUCAUUGUGCGGCUUGAAGUCCUUCCGACAAAAAUGAUAUGCAUCAGCUGUGAGGGGUUUGCAAAGCUUGAGAGUUUCUAUGUUGAUUGCCGAAUGCCAAGGGUAAUCUUUGAGGAAGGAGCGAUGCCAAAGCUGGAACAUCUUGAGCUUAAGCUGUAUGCUGGAUCAGCUAGUGAAGACCAUAUGGGUAUCAAACACCUCUUAAACCUUCAAAAGGUUACUCUCCGAUAUUCCAAAUGGCAUGCAACCAAUGAGGGCGUCAAGAAGAAAAAUGAUGCCAUGAAAACCGAGGCCAAGGAGCACCAGAACAAGCUCAUUCUCUGUACUGUUGAGGAGAACAAAGACGGUACCUGCACCAUGGAGACUGAGAUAUUUCAAGAGAACAAAGAUGCUAGUUGCAGUAAGAUGAUUGAGAUUGAAGAAGAAGAUGGGCUUGCGGAUGGAAAUGGCUAUUUUCCCAACAGCAACGACACGCAAGAGAUAGACCUUCAUCAGAGCAGCCGUGCUAUAGCUUGCAGCAGCGGGACCAGAGAGAUCGAAGAAGUUGUGGAGUAGCUCAAUGAGGCUUUAAUAUUUAUCGCUCUCUUUUUGCUGCCGUGCAGUAUCGUCCAGUAUAAUUGCUUCAAAAAAAAUCGUGUGUUCAUGUUUCUAAACUACAUUAAUUCCCAAAUCGUUUGGGGAUGUGAGACUGGUGAGAUUCUUUUUCUAUUAUCUGUGAUUCCUCUUUUCUAUUUGAACUCAAUAUUUGUAAAUUUAUUAAAACCUGUUUGUAUGUUUCAAUACAUUUGUCUCUUGUACUAAAUAAUGAUGGGGCUGUGUGACGGGCUGGUGCGACUUGCCGGGAUGCCGAUCUGCAACCUGAGUCUGCAUCA